AUGUUAUUCCUUCGGGGAGGGCACAAGAAUGCUAAAUGUGGCCCUGAAGAUGUUCACGCGCACCUUGAAAGUAUCCAGCUUGUUUCUUUGCCAUCUACGGUGCUGACAUCUUACCUUUGCCCAAACAUUCCCCAUUGGCUUAAACCUUGCAGCGGCGAGAGUAUGAAUGUCCAUGUUAUCAUAUCCACACUCUCAGGCACAGGAAUGGCCAAAAAUUUUUACCAGUAUAUUUUGCAACCAUUUCUGGUUCAGAUUGGAUUGGUAGAUUAUAAAGUCCAUGAAACAAAGUCUGCACAAACUAUUAUUAGGCUGUGCAAGUCACAGUUUAUUCCUGUUGCUCAGUCUGGAGUCCCGCAAUUGUUAAUUCUUCUCUCCGGGGAUGGUGGUCUCAGUGACAUUGUCGACACUUUUCACAGCGCUACAGCAGCACUGUUGGCCCCGCCUACUAUUGCUUUGAUCCCGGCGGGCACAGGAAAUGCAAUGGCAAGCUCCAUGCAAUUAAAUUCACACAUAAGUUCUGGGUUGGUGACAUUGCUGCGAGGAAGACCAAAGCUCGUACCAACCUUUAUUGCCGCAUUUUCUCCGGGCGCGCAGCAUAUCACUGAAGAAGGUCAUUCCCGAACUAGUAUACUUGGCAACUCACGUCAAGAAGGUGAUUGCCCGAAAAUCCGCGGUGCGGUUGUUGUGAGUUGGGGUAUGCAUGCGGCAUUAGUUGCCGAUAGUGAUACCACAGAGUAUCGCAGGUUCGGAUCGGAUAGGUUUAAAAUGGCUGCAAAUGAGCUCCUCUUUCCCUCGAAUGGUACCGAAACACACAAGUAUGCUGGCACAAUCACUCUUACCAAGUGGGACAGACAAACAGAUAGUCGAUAUAUGGAAACUGUGAGCAAUAAGGAGCACAUGUAUGUGUUAGCAACCUUGUUACCGAGACUUGAAAAGGAUUUUAUGAUUUCUCCUAAAUCGAAGCCGUUGGACGGCAGUCUUUGGUUUGUCCAUUUUGGUCCAAUGCCUCCAGAACAAGCUAUGCAGUUGAUGACCCAUGCAUAUUGUGGGGGUCAGCAUGUUGGUGAGGAGGGUGUUUUUUAUUCGGAGAUUGAAGGAUUUAAAAUUGAGUUUAAUGAAAUAGAUGAGAGAUGGAGACGUGUGUGCAUUGAUGGGAAGAUUGUUGUUGUUGAAAAUGGGGGCUGGAUGGAAGUAAGGAAAGAAGUUAAACAUGCAGUUAACAUUCUAGCCCCUCCAGGUAUUGAUGAUAUUAGACAUUGA